ACAGUACAUUGAAUUGUAACGAGCACCGCCACUCGAUUCACUGGUGCCUGACUCGUUUUAUAAAAUAAUAACAUAUAUUUAUAUGUACUCUAUAUGUUAUUAUUUUAUAAAACGAGUCAGGCACCUGUGCUCGAAUCUCAUAUUAUGAGCUUGGAAGUUGGAAAGCUAUUAAACCAAAAAAAUCCCACGAAAAGACGAAGUUAGAAAUACAAAAUGUACGUCGAAAUAAUUACUGCAACCUUCAGAUUACAACUAUUGAACUAACGUAAAAUUACAUACAUUCCCAACAUAUGUAGCUGUGAUGAGUUCAAAGUUAACAGCCAAUCCUGAUCUGGAUGUGUUUAAGGAAGAGAGAGAAGGAAAGCUGCGGGAAGUUGGUGGCCAUGCAGUAUGGUCAUUGUCUUCAUGUAAACCAGGUUUUGGUGUGGACCAGUUGAGAGAUGAUUCCUCCGAUACAUACUGGCAAUCUGAUGGUCCCCAACCACACCUUGUCAACAUUCAGUUCCGCCGCAAAACCACCAUCCAUGAUAUCUGUAUCUACACCGAUUAUAAGGCAGACGAAAGUUACACACCCAACAGGAUCUCUAUACGUGCUGGAAGCCAUUUUAAUGAUCUGUUAGAAAUAGAACAGAUUGAACUAAGUGAGCCCGUGGGAUGGGUGUCAAUCCCUAUGAAACAAGUGAACAAUAAACCCAUAAGGACAUUCAUGGUUCAGAUAGCUGUGUUAUCCAAUCACCAAAAUGGCCGUGACACACAUCUACGUAGGAUCAAAAUACGCUCUCCUGUUCAUGACUUGUCCAUGGCCAAAAUGCCAAAAUUCACCAGUUUAGAACUGUUGCAAUAUGCUUGUAUUAAAUAGUUUAAAAACACUC